AUGGAAACCAGACAGGGGUUCCCAGUUGCCAGCGAACCGUCGCGUUCGAGAAGGCUUCGAUUUUGUUCAACGCAGCCGCACUGUACACUCAAUUGGCCGCGAAGCAGGAUCGUCUGUCCACGCGAGGCUUGGACCAGGCGAUCGACGCGUUCCUGCGAGCCGCCGGCUCAGGCGAGGGAAUGUUUGUUCGAAAAAUUGGAACUUCAAUCGAAGGACGGGAGGAACAUCGACGUUUCGUUGGACCUAGCGCAAGAAGCGUCACAGGUUGCGGCCGUCUACAGCGAUGUCCACGGGUUGAUCUCGCGCGAACCGGUCCGCGACUACGUACCGGAAACCUGGAUAUCGUUGAUCUUGGUAAAACGGGAACACCAUCUGGCUCUCGCGCACAAGCACCUCGCACUUGGAUUGUUCGAUAGAGCGAUCGCCGAAUGGCGGGCUGAAACUAAACUCGCGCUCGAACAUGUGCAAAGGAGCGACGGAAAGACGCAGCUCGACGUGAUCGUGCCACGGGACGAUAACGAAAGGAAGCUACUGGCGAAAGCGCAUCUCAGGGAAGCCUUGGUCCUGCACGAGGAAAGUCAGAGGCUGCAAAGAAUGUGCAGAGACUUGAAAGCGAAACAGGCGCUUGCCAAAGUUCUGAAGAGAGUACAAGAAUCGACGGUAGAGGAUUACAAUGGCAUCGGGGACGAGGAUGACUUUCGAGGAUUGUUGGAUCCUCCGGAUAUCAUAGCAUCCACCAAGUUCCAAUUGAGCAUCACUCAUCCGGAUUUCGGGCAGCACGGAGUGGAAGAUCUUUUCAGAUCGUUGGGUCCGGUCGCUAUAUUUUCAGCUAAGAGACAUUGGACCGCGCCACGAUUGAUACAGCUUCAACGAGGACCCGACGGCGAGGGGUUCGGCUUCAGUGUACGGGGCGAUGCUCCUGUAAUAAUAGCUGCCGUCGAUCACAAUUCGUUGGCCGACUUGGGUGGCAUGAAGGAAGGCGAUUUUAUAGUAGGAAUCGGCGACAAAGAUGUCAAGUGGUCGUCCCACGAACAGGUGGUUCGGCUGAUUAAGCAAUCCGGUGAUUUUAUAAACUUAAAACUGGUUACGCCGAUGGACAGAAAUUACUUGAAGAAACCGGGUAAGGUUAACCAGCAGGACAAGGGAAGCGUUUCGGCAAGCAGCUCUUCCGGCAUUUCCUCGGGUCAACCGAGUCCUGCCGGUUCCGUUACCACCGCCCACGUAGCCAAGAAACUACCGUGGAAUCCGUUUAAAAAGUCGGUCACGCAGCGCGACAGUAGGGACCUGACGUUCGACAAUGUGAUCCUUAGAUGACUCUUUGGAUGUUUUACGCGGUUGUUGCAAUUGGAGUUCUCGUCGAAACGUUUAUCAGAUGCUUCCAGGUUCAACAUUGGCUGGUAGCCCUCCGAAUUGCAGGAUCGCUCUAUCUCGUUGCAACGUUUGCACUUUUCUCAACGAUUCUGUGUAAUAUUUUAUCUAUCGUAUGUAUGUACUUGCGCGUACGCGCAAAAGUAUCGCGUAUGAACGCGAAACUCGUAAUGUUUCGUGUAUUAAAGUACGUUCUAUCGAUGGAUUUCGAAGUACAGGGGUAAAAUAAAAGGGCAAUUCAACGGAACUUGGAUGUUCGUCGAUAAACGAAUAUUAUCGUAUAUUGUACAUCGUACAUUGAUCGUAUAUUAUAUAUGAUUGUAUCAUGUACAGCGACGAUUGAUGAGAAACGUAUGGAGCGAAACGAAAAUGUAAGCAUACGUUAUACACCAAUUAUAUUUUGUUCACGAGUUA